UGUAAAUAAUUUCCACAGUUACACUCAAAAUUUUAAUCGAUCAUCGUAUCUAUGCAAUUAUACACCACCAAAACUAACUGAAAUCAAACACACACCUCUUCUUGUGUUGAAAACCUUUUCCCAAACUUGAUCACCAAAACAAACCCAAAACCCCUCCAAAAAAAUCAUCAAAAUCCUGCAAAUCUCCUCAUCUUGUUCCUACCCAAGCAAUCUACGAUUGAUCCCUGAGCUUGAUCUUUUCAGUCUAUCUGAUGGCCUCGUCUCUUCGGUACGAUCUGGUUCACACACACAGAAACAGGGGCCACCCCCAUUAGAGAGAUACUAUUACUAAAAAGCCAUGGCCUUUCUUUUGCAACAGGGGCCACCCACCAUCGUCUUCAUCUCUCUAUUGCUCAUCACCUGCAUAGCUCUCUCUGCUGCAGCAGCUUUCGCUUUCCUCUUCUUCUCGAACCCAUCAAACACCACCACCACACCCACCUCCACCACCACUUCAAUCGACUCAAAGGCUCUGCCUUUAGCCAAGUUGAACCAUCCGGUGGUGAUCUUGGUCUCCUCAGAUGGGUUUAGAUUUGGUUACCAAUUCAAGACCCCAACUCCAAAUAUUCAUCGUCUGAUAGCAAAUGGGACUGAAGCCGAAACGGGUCUGAUUCCGGUCUUCCCAACUCUUACUUUUCCUAAUCACUACUCUAUUGUCACAGGUCUUUACCCAGCUCACCAUGGAAUCGUCAACAACCACUUUGUGGAUCCCUACACUGGGGAGUUCUUCAAUAUGGGAAGCCAUGAGCCCAAGUGGUGGCUCGGCGAGCCGCUGUGGGAGACUGUGGUGAACCACGGUUUGAAGGCUGCUACGUAUUUCUGGCCGGGUGCUGAGGUAAAGAAAGGUUCUUGGACUUGCCCUGAAAAGUAUUGUCAACAAUAUAAUAGUUCUGUUCCUUUUGAGGAGCGGGUUGAUACUACUCUAGGGUUCUUUGAUUUGCCUAGUAGUGAGAUACCUUAUUUUAUGACACUGUAUUUUGAGGACCCUGAUCAUCAGGGCGACCAGGUUGGGCCUGAUGAUCCCGAGAUUACUGAGGCUGUUGCCAACAUUGAUAGGAUGAUUGGGAGGUUGAUUGAGGGUUUGGAGAAAAGAGGGGUUUUCGAAGAUGUGACGAUUAUUAUGGUGGGUGAUCAUGGGAUGGUUGGUACUUGUGAUAAGAAGUUGAUUUUCCUUGACGAUCUGGCCUCUUGGAUUGAAAUUCCGGCGAGUUGGGUCCAGUCGUAUACUCCAUUGCUUGCAAUUCGUCCCGCAGGAGUUGAUACUGCGGAUGUCGUGGCUAAGAUGAAUGAAGGUUUGAGUUCGGGGAAGGUUAAGAAUGGGAAGCAAUUGAAAAUGUAUCUCAAGGAGAAGCUUCCUAGUCGGUUACAUUAUGCAGCGAGUGAUCGAAUUCCUCCGAUUAUAGGGUUGGUCGAAGAGGGAUUUAAGAUAGAACAGAAGAGCUCAAAGAGGCAAGAAUGUGGAGGAGCACAUGGUUAUGAUAAUGCUGUGUUUUCCAUGAGGACGAUAUUCAUUGGCCAUGGUCCUCAGUUUGCAAGAGGGCGCAAGGUUCCUAGUUUUGAAAAUGUCCAGAUAUACAACUUGGUCACUAAGAUUCUCAAUAUCCAGGGUGCACCUAACAAUGGAUCUGAAUCAUUUCCAAAGUCUAUUCUUUUGCCUAGUGCUUAGUAUCUUUCUCCCAAGCAUUUCCGGGGUGGAGUCAGCUUCUUCAAAUUCAAGCAAUGGUUGGCAAAAUUUAACUAUCUUGAAAUGGUAUGCUUAUGUGCUUGUGAGUCUAUAAGGUCAGAAGUUUUGAAGAUUAUGAGGCUUUGCUCCCAUGAGCUUAGCAGCUGAAGCAUGCUUAUUUUGUUACCAAUGGCAUUCUUUAUUUGCUUCCUUCAAUAGGACCAGCACUUGUAAUUAUGAUCCUCCUUUCAAUCUCUAUUAUUACGGAUUCUCUUUUAUACAGUUAAGUAAUGGGUCUGCAUUUGCAAUUGUCUGAGUUCCCUUUCUCUCGGAGCAAUGUUGAGAAUUAGUGUUGCAUUAGAUUAUUUAUUUUGCUGGAAAAACUUGGCACUGCGAUUAUGCCAUUUGCAAUUGUCUGAGUUCCCUUCCUCUCGCAGCAAUGUCGAGAAUAAGUGUAAUAUUAGAGAAUUAAUUUUGCUGGAUGCAAAUGUCAAUUUGUCAGUGCUUGCUUACAACAAAAGAUCGCUAACCUGGUGACUGAUAUUAUUGGUGUUGUUGUUUGGUGACCACAAGUUUUGUGAUGUAGAUGGAGCAACCCUCCUCUGUUUGUAGACUUCUGGGACUCUCACAUAAAUGUUUAAAAUGCCUCUGUCGUCUGUUUUGUGGA